UUUUUGGUAGGUUGUUUCGAUUUCCGGUUAUGUUCGUUGUUAGCCAAAUAUUUUGAAUUAGAGCUAAGUGUGAUUUUUUUUUUUUUGUUUUGUUUUUGUUUGGGACAUUCAAUAACAUCCGAGAUUUGUGAGAUUUAAUGACCUAUAGCGUUGUUAAUUAUUACAUAGCUAGCUUAUUAGAUUAUCUUACUGGUUAAGUAGCUAAUUUGAAGUAUAAGCGGGUGUUUGUCUCUCGUUAGCAAGCUAGGUUAGCCCAAACAGAUACAACUGAACCGAAAGUGUAAACAAACAUGUUAAAUCACAGCCAACUCCGCCAGUGAACACUCAGGGGGGAUGGUGUCGAGUGUCGUCGGUCAGUGUGUGUCUGCGAGCAGCGUGUCACUCGGGGCAGUGUGAUUGACUAUGGCGGACAGAACCGCCGCCGACGACGACGACGACGUGAUCCACCUGGUCAGCUUCAACAUCCACCGUAGCCAAGGUCUUCGAGUGCGUAAGAGGAACUUCAUCACCAUAUUGGAUGACUCUGACGAGGAGCCGGUCGCUCUGGACCCAAACGGCCCUGUCCUGGUUUCUGACAAACCUGACGACGACGAUGAUGAUGAUGUCAGCAUACUAGAGCCCCUGAAUCCGGCACGGCGACGUGUGAUUCGUCCAGCAGCACUGUGGGGUGUGGCCUCUGAAGGCGAUGGACCAAUCAUAGAGCUAAAAGAGGUUGAGGGUCAUCAGACCGCAACCUUUCCAUCGAGGUCACAGUACAGAGACCCCUCCGCCCCAUCCACCUCACAGUACAGAGACAGAGACACCUCCGCCCCGUCCACCUCACAGUACAGAGACCCCUCCGCCCCAUCCACCUCACAGUACAGAGACAGAGACCCCUCCGCCCCAUCCACCUCACAGUACAGAGACACCUCCGCCCCAUCCACCUCACAGUACAGAGACACCUCCGCCCCAUCCACCUCACAGUACAGAGACAGAGACACCUCCGCCCCAUCCACCUCACAGUACAGAGACAGAGACACCUCCGCCCCAUCCACCUCACAGUACAGAGACAGAGACACCUCCGCCCCAUCCACCUCACAGUACAGAGACAGAGACACCUCCGCCCCAUCCACCUCACAGUACAGAGACACCUCCGCCCCAUCCACCUCACAGUACAGAGACACCUCCGCCCCGUCCACCUCACAGUACAGAGACACCUCCGCCCCAUCCACCUCACAGUACAGAGACACCUCCGCCCCGUCCACCUCACAGUACAGAGACACCUCCGCCCCAUCCACCUCACAGUACAGAGACACCUCCGCCCCAUCCACCUCACAGUACAGAGACACCUCCGCCCCAUCCACCUCACAGUACAGAGACACCUCCGCCCCAUCCACCUCACAGUACAGAGACAGAGACACCUCCGCCCCGUCCACCUCACAGGACAGAGACAGAGACACCUCCGCCCCGUCCACCUCACAGGACAGAGACAGAGACACCUCCGCCCCGUCCACCUCACAGUACAGAGACAGAGACACCUCCGCCCCGUCCACCUCACAGUACAGAGACACCGCCGCCCCGUCCACCUCACAGUACAGAGACAGAGACACCUCCGCCCCGUCCACCUCAACCUCAACCCAGACCAGACCCCAACCCGUCACCAGGCCUGUCCUGCAGGAGGUCAAGUUAGUUUUGCUCCCUUACAUCCAGCCCCCUGCACCUCCUCAGCCCCAUGCCCAGCCCCGAUCCCCCUUACAGCAGCUCCACCCUGGACCACUCAACCAGCCUCAGCCCCGGCCGCCCCCGGAUCCCCAGGCUCUCCUCCUGACCCGCGCUUUCCAGAUGCAACAACCCAGAACCCUUCGUCCCCAACUUGUUCCCCAGGUCGCUCCCCAACGGUGGCCUGGGGGCCCCUGCGGCGUCCCGGUCCCGGCCCCCGCCGUGCUGGUAGCAUCGGCCCCCGAGCGUCUGGGCCCCGCGGAGACAGGACAUCGCAUCACCCUGGGCAACCAGACUCUCGGGGGCCUCAACCCCCAGCCAGGAGCCCCGCUGCUGUCCCUUGGUCCUCAGGUGGUAGUUACUGAACCUCCCCUCGCCGUCCCAGCUCUCGCUGUUCCCCUAAACCCUAACCCCGUAGCCCCUGUCGUCCCCAGGGCAGCGGAGGAGAGGGCAGGUCCCUCAGUUCAACAGGAAAUCCAGGGACCAGAGAGACCUCAGCUGCAGCCCCACGUCAGAGUACUGGUCAGAGGAGUGUUGGAUCUGUUUCCUGAUGUCCAGGAGAACUAUGUAGCAGAACUCAUCCAGACCAAUGACCUGAAAGACCUCAAUGUUAUCUGUAACAUGUUGCUGGAGAACCCAGCCUUCCCUCGGAGAGAGAGUUCAGCCUCCGCAGCUCACAGCAGCAUGCUACUGGAGCCCUGCGACGACAACUCACAGUCUGCAGAGGACCUGUUUGACUACGGGUCGUUGGGUCAGGUGGGUCCGGAGGCGGCGAUGCAGGCAGCUGACCUCUUGAUGGGAGACUUCAGGAUGAUUUCCUGUCAGGACAUCAAAUGGAGCCUCAACGCCAUGAAGGGGCACUACGCAAUCACACGCAAGGCCUUAUGUGAAGCGGUGAAACAGUUUCAAGACUCUGAGUCGUUAGAGAAGAGGAGACGCAGGAGACACACUGCAGAACGCUGCUAUAUAGACUUCAAGUAUCAACAUGGUUCACUGAAGUUAGAGAGGAGGAUGUACUUCCUGGAGAAGAAUCGUCGUGGCUGCAGGACGUACGGAGCGGCGCUGGACCCUUCACUACAGAGAGAGAUCACCUUCUAUCAACAGAAAGCCAAGGAACAUGCUGAGCAUGAAGACUUCCUAUUGGCUCUGCAGGUUAAUGAGGAGGAGUAUGAGAAGGACGGACAGCUGAUCGAGUGUGGGUGUUGCUGUGGGGACUUUGCCUUCGAGAAGAUGACCCAGUGUUCUGAUGGACAUCUGUUCUGUAAAGAAUGUCUGGUUAAAUACGCCGAGGAGGCUGUGUUCGGGUCAGGACAGUCAUCUCUCAGCUGUAUGGAAGGAGGCUGUCCUUGUUCCUUCCCGGUGUGUGAGUUGGAGAAGGUUUUACCGGAGACGGUGUUGUGUAAAUACUACGAGAGGCAAGCUGAGGAGGCCGUGGCUGCUACCUGCGCUGACGAACUCGUACGUUGUCCGUCCUGUAACUUCCCAGCGUUGUUGGAUAAAGGUGUGUCUCUGUUCAGCUGUCCCAACCCUCGCUGUCGGAAGGAGAGCUGCAGGAAGUGCCGUGUCCAGUGGAAGGAGCAUGCUGGGAAGUCAUGUGAUCAGGUCAUGGAACGAGAUGAGAUACGCAUGAGGGUGGCCUUUGAGGAGCGUAUGACAGCGGCGCGGGUCAGGAAGUGUGUGAAGUGCGGAACGGGUCUGGUGAAGUCUGAAGGGUGUAACAGGAUGUGGUGUCGUUGUGGAAGCUACAUGUGUUACCUGUGCCGAGAGCCAAUCAGUGGAUACAACCACUUCUGUCAGCACGCUCGCUCACCUGGCGCUCCCUGUAGGCACUGCCGCAAGUGUUCCCUCUGGACAGACCCCACGCAAGACGACGAGCGCAUCAUUCAGGAGAUUCAGAAAGAGGGGGAGAAAGAACUCAACAAGAAGAACGCAGAGACUUCAGGGAAGAGGGUCGGCCCGCCCCCGGAACCUGUGGUGGUUGCUAAGCGACCUCGAGCAGCCCCUCCCUCCACAGGCGGUGCGAGGCGCCCCUAUUGGUCCCUCCUCGUGUCAUUCUGCCUCAUCGCCAGCCCUUGCCCCCGCCCCCCUACGUGCCCCCGCUCCUCCACCUGCCCCCCUCAACUACCACCCCCCCUCUCAACCAGGUCAACAACAACCCAAACAAUAUAG